CAUCAGCCACGAGACUCAGUGCGGUUUUAAACACCGCCGCUCCAAAUGCGUGGCUCUUCGUCAAUUUCGCUCUUCCGUCAAGUCUAGUUAAUAUAUUUCUGCAAAACUUAACCAAAGCUAACUUAUUUCACAAGGUCACCAUGGCAAUAGCGGUUCUUGCCAUAUUGCCAGUCCUCUGCUCUGUGGCUCUGGGUAUGUAUGGGCCCCACACGGAGGUUGUGGAUCUUUCCCCAGCAAACUUCAAGAACAGGGUCAUCGACAGUGACGAAGUCUGGGUUGUGGAGUUUUAUGCACCCUGGUGUGGCCACUGCCAGUCUUUUGCUUCUGAAUAUGCUAAGGCGGCCUCUGCACUUAAGGGUGUAGUCAAGGUCGGUGCUGUGGACGCUGACAAGGACAAGUCUCUCGGAGGCCAGUAUGGUGUCAGGGGCUUCCCGACGGUCAAAAUAUUUGGUGCCAAUAAGCACAGCCCGACGGACUACAGUGGGCCGCGCACUGCCGAUGGUGUUGCGUCGGCUGCCCUUCAGGAAGCUCGCAAGGUUGUCGACCAGAGGCUCGGCAAGCGCACCUCUGGAGGCAGUGGCUCAAGCGGAAAGGGUGACGUGGUUGAGCUGGACGACAGCAAUUUCGAGGAGUUGGUGCUGAAGAGUGAUGACCUUUGGCUGGUAGAGUUCUUUGCCCCCUGGUGCGGCCACUGCAAGAACCUGGCGCCCCACUGGGCCAAGGCAGCUACUGAGCUGAAGGGCAAGGUCAAGCUGGGUGCUGUCGACGCCACUGUGCACCAGGGGCUUGCUUCCCAGUACGACGUGAAGGGCUACCCAACAAUCAAGUAUUUCCCGGCUGGGAAGAAGGACCGCCACUCUGCGGAAGAGUACAAUGGUGGCCGGACAGCUGAUGACAUUGUCCAGUGGGCCUUGGACAAGGCUGCUGAGAGCGCGCCAGCACCGGAGCUGCUUCAGGUCACGAAGGAGUCUGUGCUCAAGGAAGCGUGCCAAGACAGCCAGUUGUGUGUGGUCAGCGUUCUUCCACACAUCUAUGACUGCCAAUCUGAGUGCCGUCAGGGCUAUCUGGAUAUCCUCAAGCGCCUGGGCGAUAAGUACAAGCGCAACCGCUGGGGAUGGCUUUGGUCUGAAGCCAUGGCUCAGCCGAAGCUUGAGGAGGCACUGGAGAUUGGUGGCUUCGGCUACCCAGCUUUGGCCGUGCUCAACAGCCGCAAGAUGAAGUACUCGCUCCUUCGUGGGUCCUUUAGCUACGAUGGCAUCAACGAAUUCCUUCGCGAGGUUGCUGUGGGGCGUGGUUCUAGCGUGCCUGUGAAGGGCGCCAAGCUUCCGGAGGUGGUUGAAACCGAGCCUUGGGACGGCAAGGACGCAAAGAUGGAAGAGCCUGAAGAUAUUGACCUCAGCGAUGUUGAGCUGGAGCCUGAAGACCAGGUCAAGAAGCAUGUUGAACUUUAGGAAAGACUGUGGGCAAAACCACUUCAUUAUUUCGUGGGUGUUCAUUGUUUUCUUUUACACGUAACACGUGCAGGAAAGGGUGGGGAGGGGACAUGUGGCUGUGCCAUCUUUCAGAACCUGUGUACAUACUGGUCAUUGUGUAAAUUAUUCUCCUCUUUUGGGAAUGCUCUUUAGAAAUCUUGUUGUAAUGCUAGACAUGCCGGAGUCAAUAAACUGGGCAUUUUUUUGCACACGUG